AAUUAUUGCGUCGAAGUAAAACCGUACAGAUAUACAGGUAGAACAGGUCAUAACUCAAACUUUGAUUGCUUUGUUUCGUACACUCGACAUUUACAAUUAUUCUGAUAUUGCCAUCUUAUAAGACAGACUUUACUUAGGUGAGUAAAUGUUACACAUUUAUGACGAUUAAUAGUGUUUAAGUUGAAUGUGUAGGCUACUUUAGUUGCUUUGGAAUCGUGUUUUUAAUAUCUAUACGUCUUUAAAACGUAAUGUAGACGAAAACACUGGACUGUUAAAUAUCCUUUAUCCUUUACAUCAAUCAAGACGAGUUUCGAGCACGAUUCUGUGAAGUGGCAUACAGUUUUCAAUGAAUGAAAUAAUUAUAAAGAACUCGAUAUUUCCUGAAGAGAAAGAAUUAUUUUCAUGGGACGAAAAUGCCUUAGAAGCUUUCAAAAAACUUAUAAACGAGGAAGGAAUAAAAUGUCGUAUGGAUGACAUUUUCCUUCUUGGAUUUCUUCGUGCUAAAAGUUUCGACGUGGAAAAAUCCCUCGAUUUGCUCAAAAAUUAUUAUAAUAUUAGAGUACAAUAUCUUCAAUACUUUAAAGAUCUUCUUCCUUCUAAGUUGGAGCACGCUCUGUCUCUGAAUUGUAUUCAAUUUUUGCCAAAACCUGAUCAGAAAGGAAGGUAUAUUAUGAUUAAUCAAGUAGGUAAUUGGAAAACUUCAAUUUCAAAUGCAGUUGAUUUAUUUCGUGCUUCGUUACUUUACUUCGAUUUUCAAUUAAAUUUCCACCGUACUCAAGUAAAUAAAAUUGUUUGUAUUACGAAUGCUGAAGGAUUUUCUACAUCGCAUUUUUUUCAAGUUACACCGAAAUUAAUCAAUGGAAUAGUGAAUAUUUUAUUUAAAGAUUCCAAUCAAAUUCAAUAUGAUGAAUUACAUGUUGUCAAUAUAAAUUUUAUAAUGAAAGCAGUUUUAAAACUUUUCUUACCACUUUUGCCGAGAGAGAUCAAAAACAUGUUACAUUUCCAUUCUGGUUUGGGUAAUCUGCACGAAUUCAUCAGUCCAGAGUGUCUACCCUUAGAAUUAGGAGGAAAUUUACCAAGUUUUGAUCCUACCGAAGCUAAUAACAUGAUCAAAGACAACGAAGAAUUCUUUCGAAUAAACGAAGAAUAUUUAAUGAUGUAUAAAGAAGAAAUGGGUGAAGAUUAGUGAAGAAUUAGAGUGAAUUAUUUUAUAGAAAUCGUAGACGAGAUAUUUAAUCCAGAUCUAUUUUGUAA